AUGAUUAGUAGCAUUAGGUUUAGGAAGCCCAUUUUUACUAUUUCCUUCCAUCGUAAUAAGCCUUUUCUGGCUGUAGGCACGUCACGCGGCAGUGUAUUUUUAUACUUUUUAGACCAUGAUGCCAAUUAUGCUAAAAAGUUGUUCAAAAUCAAGGUAUAUGGCCUAUCUGUCAGGAAUGUGGCCUUUUCUCCCUCCGAAAUAGAAUGUAUUGCAACAAAUUCUGGGGGUAACAUGUCCCUUUUUGACCUUGAAACGCGUAAUUUUACAUGGAAAACUGAGUUUCCCGAUAAGUCAAGUCGUGGCAUUUCAUCUGUGUGCUUUGUGGACCAAAACUCAAUAGUUUCUGGUAGUGAUAAUGGGCUGUUGCAAGUAUUUCUACUUUUCAUAAUAUAUAUUUGA